GUGUGUGUGUGUGUGUGUGUGUGUGUGUGUGUGUGUGUGUGUGUGUGUGUAUAGCACAGUGAUAUGCGUUGAUGGUGUUAUCGCGCCACUGACCACAAGAGGAUUUCAUGAUGACAAUUGUGCUUGUCACUUAAUUUUGUUCAUAAGAUAAAAAAUGGUAAAAUGGUAACAACGGUAAAAUUGUAAUAUGCAUACAGAAUUAUAUUAUGUAAGCGGUAAAGUUUCAUGAAUAUUAUCAAUUUGAAAAAAUGAGUGUACUGAACUAUUAACGCACAUCACUGUGCGUUCGAUAACGCGUAAUUAUCAAUACAUAUUACGAAAUGGAUCCGAUAACGGCAAAUGUAAGGAGGCGACCUCAGUAGUACAUAGUAAAAAUUUUGUGUUGAAAACACAUGUUGACUAGGUAAAUAUGUUAAUUUUACAUUAUAUUUGCGUACUUUUUAGUACACUUUUCCCGUAUUAAAGUGACAAAAUUUCAGUAGGCUGUUUUUAACACCAAAUUGUUUACUUUGUACAAGGAAUAUAAUAAUCCAAAUCAAUCAUAUCGCACAUUUAUUAUGCUCAUUAUGCCAUUGCUAAUUAUAAAUCGGUCGUCAUUUAAUAUGUAAUAUACUUCGAAUAGUUUCGUCUGUAAUAUUUGUUGCAUUAAUCUUACUGCAAAAUUUAUUGUUACGGCACAACGGAUUGUUUAUUCGACUGUAAUCGUACGAUGAGAUAAAGACUGCAUAGUUAUUCGCACUUACGACAAGUGGUCAGUGACACGCGUUUAUAAUGAUCUAAAUCAACAUCGAAGUAUCAAUAUCUCGUUAACUUUACUGUCGAUUAAACAGAAAAAAGCGAUUGUGCGCCCAAAUAUCGACUUUUAUAAGUGAUCUGUCGGCUGCAAUACAAAUAUCCUGCAAACAUCAACUACAAUAUAUAUUUAUCAAAAAAUAAAAGAUAUUUCUUUAACAUUUUCCACUGUAAAUUCUCCGUUUGAAGAGUCGUUCAAAACUUUUCUGUUGAAAAAUAUUCAGGGCGCGAUUCCGGAGAGAAGUACGUUAAAUUUUCCUCGCGUGGGGAGCUGGUUUUUGUGCUAAAAACCGCACAAAAUAUCGGAGAGAAAAUCGCCCCCCUCCCUCCCAGAGGGUUUGCAGCGGUUUGUAUUGCCGUCUUCGAGGUAAUCAACAUGAAAAGGCCGAUUAACGAGGGGCUCGAAUUUUCUACAUGUGUGGUCACUAAGCGCAAUUUACGGUUUACCGGACACCCUGUAUGCGCGUUUUAUCCUUUAAGCGCGCAGAAAGUGCCGCGGAAGUGCAGCUGAGACGAGCAGAUAUUGCUCCCGCUUUAUUAGUUUUCGUCCUGCAUGCACGCAUGUUGUUUACGUACGUGGGAGUACGCGAGGAAAGUGGAAAGUAGGUGAAGCAAGGCGAAACAACGACGUCGUCCAGAAGCGCCGGUCGGAAGGGGGAAAUAUGGGGGAAACCGGUGCGUUACGCACUUCAGGCGCGCACAUGAGUGUCAAUCGGAGUAUCGGCAGUCCGGUCCCGGUAUCCGUGGAGGGUAGGAGUGUAGGUGGACGACAAACAGCGCGAGCACGACGACGACGACGACGACGUCCAGGUCGAGAACCGUGGCGCCGAAUAUGAAUUCAACGACGUGGCAGCUAUAUUCGCAACCGGUCCGACGUCCAACGUUAGCGGACGCGUGUCACAGCCCGUUGCUGUUCCCAUGCAGGCCGUGGACGAGCGAGACCGGCGUCGCCGCCGCCGCCGUCGCCACUGGCAGCGUGGGGCUUAAAGGGAUCAUAGCAGGUGGCAUUACUGGAGGUAUAGAAAUUUGCAUCACAUAUCCCACAGAAUAUGUAAAGACACAGCUACAACUGGAUGGAAAGGCUGGUGCUGAAAAGGAAUAUACAGGCGUAAUUGACUGUGUGACUAAGACUGUCAAGACUCGUGGAUUUUUUGGCCUGUACAGAGGCUUGUCUGUUCUGCUCUAUGGCUCCAUACCAAAGUCGGCGGUGCGAUUUGGUGCUUUUGAAUCAGCAAAGAAGAGAUUGGUGGAUGCAGAUGGGAAGCUCAAUCCACAGAGAAAACUUCUAGCAGGUCUUUGCGCUGGAGUAUGUGAAGCUAUUUUAGCGGUUACUCCCAUGGAAACUAUUAAGGUAAAAUUCAUCAAUGACCAACGUUCGGCAAAUCCGAGAUUCAGAGGGUUUUUCCAUGGAGUACGUUUGAUCGUAAAAGAACAUGGUUUUAAAGGAGUGUACCAGGGAGUAGUACCUACAAUUUUAAAGCAAGGAUCAAAUCAGGCUAUUCGUUUCUUUGUGAUGGAAACCCUCAAAGAUUGGUACAAAGGAGGUGACAAUACCAAAAGUGUUCCCAAAUUAGUCGUUGGCAUAUUUGGUGCUGUCGCUGGCGCAGCAUCAGUUUUCGGAAACACGCCUAUCGACGUUGUUAAAACUAGAAUGCAGGGAUUAGAAGCUGCGAAAUACAAGGGCACCAUGGAUUGCGUGAUUCAAGUGUGGAAGAAAGAGGGUCCGCUGGCAUUCUACAAAGGAACCAUUCCGAGAUUGGGCAGAGUGUGUCUAGACGUCGCCAUAACAUUUAUGAUUUACGAUUCCUUCAUGGAACUUUUCAACAAAGUCUGGCCUUAGGUCUGUCACUUUUCCUUACGUACAUGUUGCAUUCAGUCACAUCGAAGACGAAUUUCGUAAUUGCCUUUUUGUCAUGUUGAUAUACGUAUAUACGUUUUGUAAGCGUAUUUAUAUUUUUCAGAGUUUAUUUAUAUUUUUAAUCAAAGUAUAAAAAUUUAUUGCAUCGACAAACAAUGAUUUGCGUUAAUGACGUAUUUAAACUUGUGCAAACAAAACGAAAGAGUAAACAUCGCGAGUACACAUAACGUAAAUCGAUAUUAGGUAAUAUAGAUAAAAGUAUUUUGCGUCGUGUACAAUAGCGUAAUAUAUACUGCAACCUCCGACCUUUAGUCACGCAUUUAUUUAAUGCGCGAUGCAACAAAUAGCGUUAUUGUAAUAAUCGUGGAAGUUUUGUGUUUCGUUGAUCGUUAGGCUGAUCCAUUUUGCGCUAUAGACCGACAUUCUGUGACAACGUACAUUCCCGCAGACACGUUCUUUCCAAGUUCCAAGUACAUAAGUGUAUCGUUUGUACGAACUUCUAAGAGAAAAAGAGAGAGAAAGAAAGAAAAUGAGAAAUAGCAUUUAAUAAGUACUCUGUAGAUCAACUGCGGAACCUCCAACGAUUUUGUUCUUAGACGAUUUCUCGCGUCGAAGGAUUACACAUGAAUGUUGCAAUAACACAAGGACAACAAAGUGUAUAUUAAUAAAAAAAAGACAUCAAGCCAA